CUACCAUCUUAGAUUCUUCGUCUUCGCUCUUGGGCAACAGCUGAAGGUUGGGUGUGAUAUCGGAGGAGGAAGAACUAGGAAGUACACGUUAAUUUUCUAAUCAAACAGCCGCCAGAAUGCUAAGAACUUUAGUCUGCCGAAUCCAUUCAGUUGUUCGGAGUGUUGCCAUACAAAAUAUUGGGCGUACAACGUCAGUUGUACCUACCCGGUUGAUGUCGCAGCAUUCAACGGAAACAGACGAAGAAUUCGACAGAAGGUAUGAAGCCUAUUUUAAUAGACAAGACAUCGAUGGUUGGGAGAUUCGCAAAGCGAUGAACGACUUGGCAGGUAUGGACCUUGUACCAGAACCUAAAAUCAUCAGCGCUGCACUUCGAGCAUGUCGACGAGUAAGCGACUUCGCUCUGGCUGUGAGGUUCCUCGAGGCUGUUCAGUCGAAGUGUGGGGGUCGCGUCAAAGAGAUUUACCCAUAUAUUCUUCAGGAGAUCCGACCAACUCUAGAUGAACUGGGCGUCAGCACCCCGGAAGAAAUGGGUUAUCACAAGCCAGAGUUGGCUCUGAAGAAUGUGUAUGAAAUAUAGGCAAGUGCAGAGACAUAGAAAGUACUUAGUUGGAAUGGUGAACUCUUAAUACUGCAAUAAAUUUCAGCGCAUGAAAGGCCCAUUAUGUGGGUCAGUAAUGUGGUAUGAAAGUUUUGCAGUGUACAUUUUCAUUUAAAUUAAAAGAAAAAAUGUAGCUGUAAAAAUAAACAACACAAAAAUUGAA